AUGACGGAGGAGGCCAUGGAGAGGAGGAUUGGUGACGGAGGAGGCAAUGGAGGAUUAGCGGGAGAAGGCCAUGGAGGAUCGCUGACGGAGGAGGCCAUAGAGGAUUCGGCUUUGAUGAGAUUUAGAAAGAGUGAAAAUUUGUCUCCAAGGUUUAUUAGACCUUUUGAGAUUUUGGAGCGAAUUGGGGAAGUGGCAUACUGUUUCGCUUUAUUGCCACAACUUUUGGGAGUUCAUGACAGAUUCCAUAUAUCUAUGCUUAGGAAGUAUGAACCUGACCCUUCUCAUGUACUUGAUUUGGUUGACAUAGAGGUAGAUGAGGAUGCCUCAUACAAAGAACGACUAAUCCAAAUAUUAGAUACCCGAGAACAAGUGUUACGGGGUAAGACUAUACCAUUAGUGAAGGUGUUAUGGAGACACCAUGGGGUUAAGGAAACAACGUGGUAA